AUGCCCAACCCUGCAGUGCCCAACCCUACCAUGCCCAACCCUACCAUGCCCAUCCCUGGGCUGCCCUACAGUACCCAUCCCUGGUGCCCAACCCCUAGUGCCCAACCCUACCGUCCCAACCCUACCGGUGUGACCCUGCAGGUGCCCAUCCCUGCUGUGCCCAACCCUGCUGUGCUGACCCUGCGGUGCCCAACCCUGGUGGCCCUACCGUGCCCAUCCCUGGUGCUGCAUCCUGCUGUUGACCUGGUGCCCACCCUGCCGUGCCCGUCCCUGUGCCCAAGCCCUGCGUGCCCAACCCUGCCGUCCCAACCCUGGGUGCCCAGCCCUGGGUGCGCCAGCCCUGUGGGUGUGACCCUGCGUGCCCAGCCCUCUGGGUGCCCAGCCCUGUGGGUGCCCAGCCCUCUUGGGUGCCCAUCCCUGCAGUGCCUAAUCCCUGUGUGCCGUCCCUGCUGUUGCCCAGCCCUGUCAGUGCCCGUCCCUGCCGUGCCCAAGCCCUGCAGGUGUGACCCUGCUGUGCCCAUCCUGCUGGCCUUCCAACCCUCAGGUGCCCAACCCUCUUGGGUGCCCAGCCCUGGGUGCCCAACCCUGGGUGCCCGUCCUCACCCAGCAACCCUGCCGUGCCCCAGCCCCUGCAGAGGUGCCCCAGCCCUGCAGUGCCCAGCCUACCGUGCCCAACCCUGCAGUGCCCAGCCCUGCCGUGCCCAGCCCUGCGUGCCCAGCCUACCCGUGCCCAACCCUGGGCCAACCUGCAGUGCCCAGCCUGCAUUGCCCUGCUAG